AUGGAGUUCCUGGACAAAAUGGGUUUUUUCUACUUCCUUCAGGCUGCUAUUUCAUCUUUGCAUGCAAAUGAAAAUGACUUUGAUGACGGCUUUGCAGACGACUAUGGCAAUGAGAUCUCUCUGGACCAGCAGGGUGAGUNUGCUAUUUCAUCUUUGCAUGCAAAUGAAAAUGACUUUGAUGACGGCUUUGCAGACGACUAUGGCAAUGAGAUCUCUCUGGACCAGCAGGAACAGUCCCCUACCAAACCAUGUCGUACAGAUUUCUCCCACUGGGACAAGCUUUUCAUCGCUCUGGAGGAUUUCCACAUGAGACAGAACAUGCUGUUGGACUCAAUGGAGCAGUGCUGUGGAGGAAUGGUCUCUCUGAGGAGCCAGAUGGACAAGCUCCUCAGGGGGGCUUCACAGCAGACUGCACCCAGGCAGGUGUCAGCAUGCAGGGCACAGACAGACCUGGAGACUCUCAGGCUUCAGCACAGCUUGGCAGAGCUCCACCAAGGAAGAGCAGAGAUGGAGAGGAGGAUAAAUGCCACAUUGCAGAUGAUCCUGAACAGCCAACAUGAGGACAGCGCUCGACUGAAUCGUCUUGAGGAGGCAGUGUCAGAAAACAGCAGAAACAGACACCAACCAACCCAGAGACCUGGAAGUUUAGGCUGGACCUCCCUAACGGAGCAGGAGGAACAAGAAGCAUCUUCACAGCUGAACCUGGAUAUGAUAAAAAGCUCUCUAGUUUCCAUAGCGAGAGAUGUGCAGAGGCUUUACCUGCAGCUGAGCACAGUGAUCGAGCAAACAGGAACACUGAGAAAGGGCCGAGGAGACACAUAAACUGUCUGCAAAAUUAUAUACAGACAGAAAAAAGAACUGGAACUCUUUUAUAUGUUUUAGGGGUUUGUUUUAUGUUACAAGAGCUUGUAUUUUCCUCCAGAGAACAACCCUAAGGCACCAAUAAGAACCAUGUGGGUUUGCUAUAAUGAAUGAAAAUCAGUUAAAAAACUGUAUCGCCCUAGUGGAAAAUCUUUCCUCCCUUGUCCUGCACAGUUUACAUCUAAUUUCCAACAACCUAGUUAUUUACUCACAUUUUCAUUUGUCUGGAUCUUUGCAUCUGCUUUAUCCUGCUUCUCUAUUUCUUCAGAGGCUUGUGUAGCUGUAAGGACUGCUUAUACACAUAACCGCAAGGAGGAGAGCCAGAGGUUUGGUCUGUGUGUAAUUUAAAACGUGUUUCUCCUGCUCAUUAGUUGCUUUAGUGCGAAGAGGCCACCACUUGCAGUUCUCAGUGUUUAUGAUUCAUGUAGCCGUGCCAGAAGUGGGUUACUCUGAAGCCCAUCCCUCCUGCAGCCUCACAAAAGUAAACACACAUGUCUGCAGGCUUGUCUAUUUGAACUAAAAUCAGGUUGGUAUUGAUGUCAUAUUUUAUAAAAUCUAAGUCUUCACAUCAGCAUUUAGAUUUUUCAUUAUUUUAUUUAAGCAAGAGCCACAAUCUUGAUGUUAGUUUUUUUGUACUUCUCGUCACUUUCUUCUACCAAUUCCCAUCUGAUCAAUCCUGUGUUUCAUGAUGCAUCAUGGCUUGAUUCU